AUGGGCUCCAAAACCGCAGUUGCUCACAGCCCUGGACUCUCACCUUCCGAUCUCCCUCCCGAUUUAGACUGGCCACUCGCCGCCCUCCCUGCAUUGCGUUCUCGCGGCCUGCGAAGUCAAUUCCCUGGCGAAUCCCGCUCGUUUGAUCGCGAGCGUAUCUUGAGCACGACAGACUCCCUCGGGCUAAGCCCACGACGGACUCGCGUGAGGAGAUGUUCUCCUAGCGCUUCCCCCCAAUCCGCGGAAGGAUCAUGGGCGGAAGCUGUUGCGGCGGGAAGGAGGAAACACAGCGAACACGCCACUGGCAGGCCCGCGCUGUCCCCUUUGAGAUCUGGUUUCGCCUCCGCGCUACUCUCCCCGCCCAGCGAAAAUACGUGGCGCCCCGCAGCGCUGACGGCGGUGCGCGGCAGCCCGUUGGGCGGAUCCGCGCGCCACGAUACGGCGCCCGCAUCGGUCGACAUGGAGCAGCUGUGGGCGGAGGCCGCCUCCGACAAAGCAGGCGGCGCCGCCGCGGCGCGGCGCACCCGCAAAAAUCGUAUUGUCCGAGGACGCGCGCGAAACAUGUCGUUUUCCGACUUCAGCUCGCUCCGCGGCGCUUUGGGAGAAGAGAAAGCGCCGGGAACUCCCCGGAGAGCGGACGCCGCCUUCGAAUGCCGCGUGAUCGGCUGGAGCCCCUGCCCUCCGCCGUGGGACGGAGAAGCUCCGCCGGUCUCCGCCGAGCCGCCGCAGCAGGAGAGCGGCGCCGCCGCGGCGGCCAGCGCGAGGCCGUCGAUAACGAACCGACGUCCCGCCGCAACGGCAGCAAUCCGCAACUUGAAGCUGCGGAUUUUCCCCAACCGCGGGCGGGAUGAAUCUUCCGCCACCGCAUCGUCCCCUUCAGCAGCAGUUGUGGUUUCUCCGCCGGCAACGACACCUGCUUCCGCCUGCGUUACAACUGGUACAGUUUUCGCCGCUUCCCCGCCGUCUCGUUUAGAAGGACCCGGCGAGCGCGUCCCUUCGCCGAGUCUUAGUAUGAAGCCGCGCAACAGCCUGAGCCUGUUGAGGGGGGCGGCGGGAUCCGCCAGCGGCGCUGGCGGCGCGGGGAUUCCGAAGUCUCCUUCACAGCGGCGGGGACUGUCGGGAGUUUCCGCGAGGCGGAGAAGCUUCAGCGGUGAAGGCGCUGCGCCCGGGAAGCUUGUUUCGCUCGUUCAUGUGGCGGGGACCGGCGGGGGUUGCGACGAGCCUGCGACGGUUGUUCCAUUCGUGCGAGAGGAGGAGGACAAGCAAGAGCCGCCGCUGCAGGGGGCAUCGCAGAAGGCAUCCAAGCCAACUCACAUGCGAAGUCGUAGUGGCACUGCUAUCGGAGGGGAGCAGCACGCGGCAGAGCAGGAGAUCCAAUUUCGAGUCGACCUGCUUUGUGGGCUGCAGGCAGGGCGUUUGGACGGGGCUGCAGGCGAAAUGACGACACGCAGUUGCGAAGCGGAUGGUGAAGAAUCUCGAGGGCAGACUCGGGCCGCGGCGUCGUACCACGAGACGAUGGAUCUGGAAUUGGAGGAUUACUUUGGAGAUAUUGUGCAUGCAUGGAACAUGGCGAGCCCAAGCCGUGGCU